CCGGGCCGACGGAGGCGAGGCUCUCUAGCCGGCGGGCUCUCUAUGACCGGCGGGGCCAAGAUGGCGGCGCCAGCCACGCCCGUGGAAUCUCUCGCUUAAGCGGAUGCUGGGCCCUGCGAGGUUGCUGGUGUGGGGAAUAACGCGAGCCAAGAUGAUUGAAGAAGGUGGAAACAAGUGGAAGACCAUGGCAGAGAAGAGGCAGCUAUUCAUAGAAAUGCGUGCUCAGAAUUUUGAUGUCAUACGGCUGUCAACUUACAGAACAGCUUGCAAAUUACGAUUUGUACAAAAAAGAUGCAACCUUCAUCUUGUUGAUAUCUGGAACAUGAUUGAAGCCUUCCGAGACAAUGGCCUUAAUACACUGGAUCAUACUACUGAGAUAAGUGUGUCCCGCCUUGAAACUGUCAUCUCAUCCAUUUACUACCAGUUGAAUAAGCGCCUUCCUUCUACUCACCAAAUCAGUGUGGAACAGUCCAUCAGUCUCCUCCUCAACUUUAUGAUUGCUGCGUAUGACAGUGAGGGCCGAGGCAAGUUGACGGUAUUUUCAGUUAAGGCUAUGUUAGCAACCAUGUGUGGUGGAAAAAUGCUGGACAAAUUGAGAUAUGUUUUCUCGCAGAUGUCAGAUUCCAAUGGCUUAAUGAUAUUUAGCAAGUUUGACCAGUUCCUGAAGGAAGUUCUGAAGCUCCCAACAGCUGUCUUUGAAGGGCCAUCUUUUGGUUACACAGAGCAUUCAGUCCGCACCUGUUUUCCACAGCAGAAAAAGAUAAUGCUGAAUAUGUUCUUAGACACAAUGAUGGCCGAUCCUCCCCCACAGUGCCUUGUCUGGCUACCUCUCAUGCACAGGCUUGCCCAUGUUGAGAAUGUCUUCCACCCUGUGGAGUGCUCCUAUUGUCGCUGUGAGAGCAUGAUGGGCUUCCGGUACCGAUGCCAGCAGUGCCACAACUACCAGCUCUGCCAGAACUGCUUUUGGCGUGGCCAUGCCAGUGGUCCUCACAGCAACCAGCACCAGAUGAAGGAGCAUUCCUCUUGGAAAUCCCCUGCAAAGAAGCUGAGCCAUGCAAUUAGUAAAUCUUUGGGGUGCGUACCCUCCAGAGAACCUGCACAUCCUGUUUUUCCUGAGCAACCAGAGAAACCACUUGACCUUGCACAUAUAGUUCCUCCUCGCCCUCUGACUAAUAUGAAUGACACCAUGGCUAGCCACAUGUCCUCUGGAGUACCCACUCCCACCAAGAGGUUACAGUAUAGCCAAGACAUGCCCAGUCCUUUGGCCGAUGAGCAUGCGCUGAUAGCUUCCUACGUGGCCCGUCUGCAGCACUGUGCACGUUUAAGAACUGAGCACCAUACUUCCGUGAAAAAGUUAGACAUUUCCUGGCUACAUCUGAAAACUGUCCUGGAAAGUCCUACCCGACUGGAUGAGGAACACCGGCUUAUAGCUCGCUAUGCUGCUCGAUUGGCUGCAGAAGCAGGAAACAUGACUCGUCCUCCUACUGAUGUGAGCUUUAAUUUUGAUGCCAACAAACAGCAGAGACAGCUCAUUGCAGAACUGGAAAACAAGAACAGAGAGAUCCUGCAAGAGAUCCAGCGCCUCCGCCUGGAGCACGAGCAGGCCUCGCAACCCACUCCUGAGAAGGCCCAGCAGAACCCCACGUUGCUGGCAGAGCUACGGUUGCUUAGGCAGAGGAAAGAUGAGCUGGAGCAAAGGAUGUCUGCCCUGCAGGAGAGCAGGCGGGAGCUGAUGGUGCAGCUGGAGGGGCUGAUGAAGCUGCUGAAGGAGGAAGAGCAAAAGCAGGCAGCUCAGGCCACAGCGUCACCACAUACAUCACCCACUCACGGAGGUGGCCGCCCCAUGCCCAUGCCUGUCCGCUCCACAUCUGCUGGCUCCACCCCUACCCACUGCCCACAGGAUUCACUAAGUGGAGUUGGGGGCGACGUGCAGGAAGCCUUUGCACAAGGUACGAGGAGAAACCUCCACAAUGACCUGCUGGUGGCCGCUGACUCCAUCACCAACACCAUGUCAUCCCUGGUGAAGGAGCUCCAUUCAGGAGCAGGUGGACCCUCCACCAAGUGUGCCUUCCUCUCAUAUGUGAUCACAGAGGGGCAGUUACACAUUUAGGUUUAUCCUGCAGAUCCAUCUGGUGGAAGAAACACAGUUCUGAAUUUAAAGAAAUUCAGAUCUUCAGUGCAGCCAGGCCUCAACCUGACCCCCUCAUCUCCUGCCUACACUUUGUCCACAGCAGCUCUUUCCCCAGGCCUGACCACCAUCCCAUUCGGAAGCUUUCCUGGAUGUCAGCCACUAUGUCAGCCUCCAGUGCUGGGCUUCCCCAGCUGUCUGUCUGCUUUCUCCUGUUGAUUUGGUUUUGAAACCCUAUCCCCUCUCCUUUUGUCUAUAACCAGGCUCUGAUUUCAUCUGAACUUGGCGACCUCCUGCUUCCUUUACUCCUCACAUCCAGUCUUAUCUGUCUCCAUCUCUCAGCCACUGCAGUGACUUCCCAGAGACCUCUGCCCUGUAGCAUUUUCUGCUCAUGUAAAACCCAGGAAAGAGAAAAUAAAAAAGCCUUUCACAUAUCAUCAUACCUCCAAGUGUCCCCAUGACUCCGUCAGUGGUAGAACAUGUGAUUCUUGCACGUUGUUUCCAGUGCUGGGAUUCCCGUGUGACAUGUUACCCAAGUGAGCUCCCUUCCCAAUUGCAGCACAUCCCUCACACUGAGGGGUCUCUUCUGUCCCCUUUUUACCUAACACAGUGUUUGUGAGUGCCUUGUGGUAGCUUCUUGGGGUUAUUAAAAAUACAGAGCAGUUUCUCCUUGUCCUAUUCAGAUACUUUAGAGAAGAUGACCCCGGUGUUUUUCAGUAGGGGAACAUAUCACUGUUAGAGUUUUUAUGGGACCAAAACAAGGUCUAGCACACACCUCUGCUCGGAGUCCUGUUCUCCUUCAAAAGAGAACAUGCAUGUGGUCUGGCUGGUCUUUCCAAAGCAGGUCAAAUGUAGAUUCUCUUGCUUCAGCAGCUUUAUGAUGCCCCUCUCCCCAUCUGAUCCUGUCUCUUAGUCCCACAGAAGCACAGCCCCCCUUACACUUACACACACACACACACACACA